AUGAGUGAUGUCUGUUUUACAGAAUUAUUGAUACUUCAAGGCGAUUUGCUUCCAGAAGGAAAUACAAUACCGGCCUCUAUGUAUGAGGCAAAAAAGACUUUGUGUGCAUUGGGGCUGAGUUAUGAGAAAAUGCACGCAUGCCCCAAUGAUUGCAUCUUGUAUAGGAAGGAGUAUGAGGAUUCAACUCAUUGUCCUACUUGUGGUAUCUCAAGGUGGAAGGAAGGCAAAGAUUCAAUCUUGAAAGAGGGUGUGCCAGCGAAGGUGGUGUGGUAUUUUCCUCCAAUUCCAAGGUUUAAAAGGAUGUUUCGAUCACAUGAGACCGCUAAGAGUUUGACUUGGCAUGCUGCUAGAAAAUCAAUUGACGGUCAUAUGUCUCAUCCGGCGGAUUCCCCGUCUUGGAAACUUCUUGAUGAUAAAUGGCCCGAGUUUGGUAAUGAGCCGAGAAACUUGAGAUUGGCUCUUUCAUCUGAUGGAUUCAAUCCCCACAGUUCUCUAAGUAGCAGAUAUAGUUGCUGGCCAGUUAUCUUAGUUACAUAUAAUCUCCCUCCAUGGUUGUGCAUGAAACGAAAGUUCAUGAUGUUGACCUUAUUGAUUUCCGGUCCUAAACAGCCCGGAAAUGAUAUAGACGUCUACUUGGAGCCUUUGAUUGAUGAUUUAAAAUCUUUGUGGGAUGGGAUUGGAGGAGUGUAUGAUGCACAUAAUGGAGAAUACUUUACACUCAGAGCUGCAUUAAUGUGGACAAUUAAUGAUUUCCCCGCCUAUGGAAACUUAUCCGGUUGUGUUGUUAAAGGAUAUAAAGCUUGUCCAAUAUGCGGCGAUGAUACACCUAGUCACAGGUUGAAAAAUGGCCACAAAAUUUGUUACAUUGGGCAUAGAAAAUGGUUACCAAUCAAUCAUCCAUAUAGGAGGCAACGUGCAGCUUUUAAUGGGAAACCCGAAUAUGGCACGCCUCCCGAGCCAUUAACCGGAGAAGAAGUGUUGCAUAUGGUUGAAGAUGGUGACAGAGUUUGUUGGAAGAAGAAAUCAAUAUUCUUUGAUCUCGAGUAUUGGAAAUACCUUCCUGUGAGGCAUGUCCUAGAUGUUAUGCACAUUGAGAAGAAUGUUUGCGAUAGUAUCAUUGGUACAUUGCUGGAGAUCCCUGGAAAAAAUAAAGAUGGGAUUGCUGCUCGAUUAGAUUUAUUGAACAUGGGGGUCAAAACUGAUUUGCAACCCGAGUAUGGAGAAAGACGUACUCGUUUGCCUCCCGGGCCUUGGAAUUUGUCAAGAGCAGAGAAGAGAGAGGUUUGCAAUUCUUUCUAUGGUAUGAAGGUCCCUGAAGGUUAUUCUUCACAUAUAAAAAAUCUUGUAUCUUUACAAGAUUCAAGACUUCUUGGCCUUAAAUCACAUGAUUGUCAUACCUUAAUGCAACAAUUGCUCCCUGUGGCAAUUCGUUCUGUUUUGGAGAAGCCUGCAAAGUAUGCAAUAACUCGUUUGUGCUUCUUCUUCAAUGCUAUAUGUGCAAAGACUGUUGAUGUUUCCAAGCUAGAUAAGUUGGAAGAAGAUGUAGUAGUUACUUUGUGUUUGCUUGAGAAGUACUUUCCCCCUUCAUUCUUUGAUAUCAUGAAUCGUACUCGUCCCGAAGGUUGCAUUGCUGAGCGGUAUAUAGCUGAAAAAGCUGUAGAGUUUUGUACCAAGCAUUUAUCUGAUGUUAGCAUAGUUGGAGUGCCUUCAAGCCAAAAGAUGGGAGUUUCAAAGCCAUUAUCAGGUUGCACAGUGAGCGAAGUUGAUCGGGACCUGUUGAACCAAGCACAUCUAUAUGUCUUGGAGAAUACGGAGGAAGUCCUACCUUAUAUCGAGCAACAUAUGAUCCACAUCAAGACCGCUUAUCCAAAAUUUAGAAAGAGAACAAAGUGGCUGCAGGAUAAGCACAAUAGCACUUUCAUUCAAUGGCUACGCUUCAAGGUUCAAAGUGAACUUAAUGAGGAAGACAAUCAUGGCGUAUCAGAAAAUUUAAGGUGGCUAGCAGCUGGUCCAAACAUGGCAGUGCCAUUAUAUAGGAGCUAUCUUAUUAAAGGUAUUAAAUUCAACAUCAAGGCACAAGAUGAUGUGCGGACAACUCAAAAUAGUGGAGUUUAUUUACUUGCACAUACUAUGCAAGUUGCUAGUGCCAAGGAUAAAAACUCAAUUCUCUCAAAUAUGGGUUUCUAUGGUGUCAUUCAAGAAAUUUGGGACCUUGACUACCAAAAGUUUACAAUCCCAGUCUUUAGGUGUGAUUGGAUAGAUAAUACUUCUGGUCUUGUAGUGGACGAACUUGGAUUUACCCUUGUAGAUUUGAGUAAAAUUGGACAUAGGAAUGACCAAUUUGUUUUGGCUUCUCAAGUCAAACAAGUAUUUUUUGUUGACGACCCAAUGCAUCGUGGUUGGUCGGUAGUGUUAUCAAUGCCUAAUAGAGAAUAUAAUGAUGUUAUUGGUGAUGAUGUCUUAGGUGAUGUGAGAAUUGAGUGUGAGCCAUUUACUAGAUGCAAGAGGCUUGAGGCAGCACAAACUUCACCAGCUGCAAAAAAGGCUUCUCUCCUAUCAUACCCCAAAAUCCAUGAGUUGGCAGAAAAGCCAGGAUCAGGUCUGCCCGAGGUUCUCCAAACAGCAAAGCAAACUAUCUCAGGUGAGAGAACUACUGAGCCAACCAAGCCUACCACAAAGAGUUCCAACACCUUGAACUCCUCCUCCAACAGUUGCCGUUAUGAGACACAGAUUGUCCCAUUACCACAGAAAAAUGCUGAGAUUGCCCCCAGUGAGGAUAAGGGGAAGAAUGUUGUUGAUCAGCCAAAAGGGAAGUUUCGAGAUCUUGCCUCUCUUCUGCAAACCCUAGUGCGCAUUCGUCAUGAGUUAAACUGGCAUGAACUAAUUUAUAUCUUGUUGCAACCACACUAUUCUGACUUGGAAAUGGAGAUGAUGGGAUCAUCAUUGGGAGUUAACCCUUCUGUGGGUUAUUCUUCUUCUUCUGCCUAUGAUCCUAUCAUAAAAAUGGUGAGAUUAGCUAGUGCUCCAACCGCUGAGAAGAAGAUGGCUGACAUGGAGGGCAGUGCCAGUAGUCCGAUGGAUACUGAGAUUGCACUUAAGCAAUUUGUGGUUGCUGGUGAAAAAACUUUCAAAACUCCAGGCAAAGCUGGAGAUGUCAUCUUCAAUAUGCCGAAUGACGAAGAAGAAGAAAUGAAGAAUGAGAAGGGUGUUGAGAGUCUUGGUUCUGUAGCCAAAAGAAGCUUGCAAGGGCUUCUGGAACUGGAAGACCUCCCAGAAUCAAGCAGUGUCUCAACUGAGGUGGAAGCAGCAAAGGAAGCCAUUUAUGAGGCCAUAGUUGAGCUGAUGAAAGCAUAUACAAAUUGGCAAGAAUAUCUCACCCUGGUUGCUAAUCAAGGAAAAGAGCUCAAAGAGACUCUAAACCAAUACCAUACCAGCGUUGAUUUGGCUCCAAAUGCUGAGUCAGCUCUUCUGCGAUAUGAUCAGAGUAUUCAAUCCAGGGCAGAAGCAGUAGCAGCUAGCAAGAAGUAUGCUGAAGAUUUCGAGAAAGCUCAAAUGGACAUCACCAGGCUGGAGCUUAGAGAAUGCCAGGGCUAG